CUCGGACUCCGGAUACGUACAUGUGCAGUUCGUUCGUCUCGACGGACUUCCGCAAUACCAAGUGCAACUUCAAGUUAAGGGACUCCAUUAUUUCGCGACAAUAAACUGAGAGUUAAUACCAUGGGGGAUUCAGGCAAUCCACCUGAUCUCCUGUCUGCUGCCCUUUGUGAGAGCGGACUAUCUCUUGAUGAUAUAUUGAACCCUUCUAUGGAGGAUGAUGAUGAGAAUAACUCCCUCUCAGGCGAUCCUAGCAGUGUGCUGGCUCAGGCCAUGGCUGCUAGUGGUGUGGAGGAAGAAGAAUCGGAUCCACUUCUACAGAUGUUGCAAGAAACACCUUCAAGCUCAUAUAACCAGCCACAGAAUCUGAUCAGUACUACUAGAACAGUGACAGGGAACCAUCAGCCUGCCUUUCCGACAUCCUCUAAACAAACCAUCGUCAUACGCCAGAUGACCUCCAUGUCAUCAGCAGGAGGUCUGAGCUCACCAGGCAGCAUGCUCAAGAUCAUCAGCAGCAGACCAGACGGUCAGCAGAUAGUCACGACCAAGCCUAUUAUUCUGACCACUACAUCCUCUGAGAAGGGUCUCAACAACUCCAUUACCACAUCCACUCUCGCCGCUCUCAAGGGAGGCAAUCCACUGACCAAGCAGUAUGUCAAGUUUGUUGUUAGACCAUCAAGCCCGGGCGUGCAGCAGCCAACGACCAAGAAGACGAUCGUCCUCAAUGACACUAAGCCAUAUAGUCUUACCAGAUCUAAUACAGACUCAGCCCUAAUGAAACCGGGGGUUAUUAGGACUAUGCAAACAGUCUCUCAUCCAGGGGUUGUUUCGAACAGAUCAUCUUCACCUAUUGUGAUGGGCAAUGGAUCCACUGUCGUCAGAUCAGCUUCAUUCCAACUACCCAAGAAUGAUGACCCAAUGGCAAAGAUGAAAAUGCCUUUUUAUCCUUCAACUUCUCAGGGAGUAAACAAGACUCUGACCGUCACAAGGCGGCACCCAUUCCGGAUCAUCGAUGAUGACGAUGAUGACGACCUGGAGGAGGAUGAGACUCUUAGCUUUGCCGACACCUACGCAAACUACACUCCAAGUAAAUUGAAGAUUGGUCAGAGUCACCCUGACGCUGUAGUUGAGACGAGUUCCCUCGCCAGUGUGCAGCCUCCUAACGUAUGGUAUCAUCUGAGCAUACCAGAGAGCACCAUGGAUUAUGGGCACCUCUCUUCUCUGCAGCUUGAAGCUAUCACGUAUGCAUGCCAGCAGCAUGAGACGAUACUACCCAAUGGAACACGCGCAGGGUUCCUUGUAGGUGAUGGAGCUGGUGUAGGGAAAGGAAGAACAGUAGCUGGAGUCAUCUUAGAAAACUAUGCUCUGGGCAGGAAAAGAGCACUAUGGUUGAGUGUUUCAAAUGACUUGAAAUACGAUGCAAUGAGAGAUCUGAAGGAUAUUGGUGCUAGUAAUAUACCUGUUCAUUCACUCAACAAGUUCAAAUAUGCCAAGAUCAACUCCACAGAGAACGGUCACGUGAGGAAAGGUGUCAUCUUCGCUACCUACUCCUCACUAAUAGGAGAGAGUCAGAACCGUAGCAAGUAUAGGACUCGUCUCAAACAGAUCCUUCACUGGUUUGGCAAGGAUUUCGAUGGAGUUAUUGUGUUUGAUGAGUGUCACAAAGCUAAGAACCUUGUACCUACAGGGUCAGCUAAACCAACCAAGACUGGUAUCACAGUACUAGAGCUACAGAAACAACUCCCAAAGGCCAGAGUGGUAUACUGCAGUGCUACAGGUGCUUCUGAGCCUCGUAAUAUGGCCUACAUGUCGCGUCUUGGUAUCUGGGGAAAGGGCUCAGCUUUCCCAGACUUCAAUGCUUACAUCCAAGCCAUUGAGAGAAGAGGAGUUGGUGCUAUGGAAGUGGUUGCUAUGGAUUUGAAGCUGAGAGGGACAUACCUGGCCAGACAGCUUAGUUUCCAUGGAGUUACCUUCAAGAUCAAAGAAGUAGCUCUCUCAGAAUCCUUCAAACGGAUCUACAACAAGUCAGUCAGACUGUGGCAUAUGGCGAGAGACCGAUUCCAGAAGGCAGCCAAGCUAAUGGACGCGGACCAACGUAUGUGCAAGUCCAUGUGGGGUCAGUUCUGGUCAGCUCAUCAGAGAUUCUUCAAGUAUCUCUGUAUUGCAGCCAAGGUCAAGCAUCUGGUCAAGCUGGCCAGGGACUCGGUCAAACAUGGAAAGUGUGUAGUGAUUGGUCUUCAGUCAACGGGUGAAGCCAGGACCUUAGAUGCCUUAGAAGAAGCAGGAGGAGAACUCAAUGAUUUUGUCUCUACAGCAAGAGGUGUAUUCACAACAUUGGUGGAGAAGCACUUUCCUGUGCCUGAUCGUAACAAGACAAUGAGUAUGCUAGGACUGAGCUUCAAUGGUCACAUGCAUGAUGACAACAAUGAGGAUAAUAAGGGGAGCAAACGCAAGAGAGGAAAGAAGAGGAAAAAGUCAGGUAAGAAGUGGAAGAAGAAGGGAGUGACCAGAGACUGGUGGGUAGAAGACAGUGAAAGCUCAUCAGGUGGCACUGAUGAUGAUGAUGAUGAUGAUGACGAUGAUGAUGAUGAUGACGAUGGAGGACAAAGGAAGAAGAAAACCAAAGAGACCAAGAAGAAAGAGAAGGAUAAUGACGAUGCCUCAUCAUCGUCCUCUUCAUCAUCGUAUGAUGAUGACUCACCUAUCUUUGAUUCAGACAAUGAUGAAGAUGACUUCAAUCCAUUUAACAACAACUCAGAUUCAGAUGAUGACCCAUGGUUGAACAGGAGUGGAAGGAAGGGCAAAGAGCCAAAAACAAAGAAGACAAAGAAACCCAAGGACAAGAAAGCUUCGUUAUCUCCCUUUUCAUCAUCUAAAUCUAAGAGCGCCUCUCAUGAGAUAGAUAGCGUUGAUUCUGCUGCAGACAACGCUUUAAGAGCUCUUGGGAUCCUGCCAAAGGCACCAAGGUCUCUAUCUACCGAUGCAGCGGCUACUACCCUACAGGGUCUUUCAUCAUCAGUUCCUUCAGCUACCAAGAGUAGUGUACUACCAGGCAUGGAUGCCUACGAGAGAGGAAGACUGAUGAGACAAGAACUCAUGGAUACUCUAGAAGAACUAUCAGCUGAACUACCUCCUAACACACUAGAUGAGCUCAUUGAUGAACUAGGUGGACCAGAUAAUGUUGCAGAGAUGACAGGUCGUAAGGGUCGAGUGGUGAGUCAUGAUAAUGGCGUCCAGUAUGAAUCUAGAAGUGAAUAUGACAUUCCACUUGAAAUCCUCAAUCUGACCGAGAAAAGACGCUUCAUGGAAGGUGAGAAGUAUGUAGCUAUCAUCUCAGAAGCAGCAAGUUCAGGGAUCUCACUACAGGCCGAUAGAAGAGUAGCCAAUCAGAAGAAGAGAGUUCAUAUAACAUUAGAAUUACCUUGGAGUGCAGAUAAAGCUGUUCAACAGUUUGGUCGUACGCAUAGAUCUAAUCAGGUAACAGCACCAGAGUAUGUCUUCCUCAUCUCAGAGCUAGCGGGAGAACAGAGAUUUGCUUCCAUUGUUGCUAAGCGACUCGAAAGUCUGGGAGCACUUACUCACGGUGAUAGGAGAGCUACAGAAUCCAAAGACUUGAGUCGAUUUAACAUUGAUACAAAGUAUGGACGUGAAGCACUGGAGCUGAUUAUGAGAACCAUUCUGGACCUGGACACUCCUAUAGUAAAACCACCUGGAGGAUCGUCAUUCUUUGAUGAUGUGAAGAAAGCCAUGGUAGGUGUUGGUCUGCUGUCAUACAAUGAGGAUCAUGAUAUGUACUUCUUUGAGAAAGACUACAGCAGUAUGCCUAAGUUCCUGAAUCGUCUCCUUGGUAUGGAGGUAGAUACCCAGAACUCUCUCUUCAAGUACUUCAGUGAUACCAUGGUUACUAUUAUAUCACGGGCUAAGAAGGAAGGCCAGUGGGAUGCUGGUAUUAUGGAUAUUAGCAAUGAGAGAAUGGAUAUAAGAAGGAUACACACAGACACAUAUGUUGCUAUGUCAGGCAAUGCAACAAAUGAACUCCACAAGGUUGGAGCGGAGAGAGGGAUGUCAUGGAAGAAAGCUAUUGAUAUGUGGUCAGAGCUCUCGCAGCCUGAAGAAGGAUUCUACAUCUCACAACUGAUGAAGUUUGGUCGUAAGGUAGCAAUCCUUGCUCGCUUCCCUCCCUCCUCCAGCUCCUCUAAGAAAGGUUCUUUACAGCUCUUCAAGCCUAACAUUGGUCUUCAGAGUAAGCUAGAGACGGUCAGUGAACUCAAGAUAAGGUUCAGGAAGGUCCUACCGGAUGAAGCUAAACCAUUCUGGGAAGCUCUCUAUAAGGCCUCUGAGAACAAGUGUGCUCAUAUCUUCUGGAAAGGAACCUGCAAGUCGCACAUGCUUGGUCUGCCUUGUGAGAUUGGUCUGAGACGUAGGACCUUCUUUGUUUUAUCUGGUGCUGUAUUGAGUGUAUGGGCGAGAGUGGAGGAAGUCCUACGACUCAAUCCUAGAAGUGGUUCUAUCAUGCAGAUCAUUAGACUCAAGACGGACAGAGGAAAACUUGUCGGUCUUCUCAUUCCAAGUAACUGUGUCCCAGCUCUGAAGGACAUGCUCUCCAAGGACACCACAAGCUAUUCAGAGACAUACUGAGUAGAUUCUAAGCAAUUCAUGCAUGAGGACUGGAUGAUAGGACCAACUAGCCACUCAGAGACAUUCUAAGAUCACCUUGAUGAUCAGUGAGCUCUUGUUUAGAUUGGCCGCUUUGAACACCGUGAUCAGAUGGGAGAGCAUCACUAUCUCCUCAGAGACCUAAGAUCACUUGAAGGAUCAGACAAUGUAACACCUAGAUAAUUGCGAGACAUUCUAAGAUCUCUCCAAGCACUUCAUACACCUGGGUUGAUGGACGAUAAGACACCACUAGCUACUUUCUAAGAUCACUUGAAGCAUGUUAUAGACCAGAAUCAUAGACAGUUACUGAGAACUAUCCUCAAGGCACUUAAUAAACUACACUUAGGAUCAGACAAUAGGACACCUAGAUACUUGCGAGACAUUCUAAGAUCUCUCCAAGCACUUCAUACACCAUGGUCAGUACUGAAAUACCUCACACACUUCAUACGUCCAGAUGAGACGAUGGAACGCCACUAGCUACUCAGAGACAAACUGCUGAUACCUCAAGCACUUCAUACACCAGGCUCAGAUGAAAGAGAGGGUAGCAUCUCAUACAUUAGAUUAAUACAAGAGAGUCCUCUGUAUGAAUACUGUCCAAAUCAGAUUCAGAGCCUUGCACAUUUCAAUAUGAAGAGACAAGGUCAGAGAUAUAUUAAAAGGACUAGAACUACCAAGCUAGAUUGAGAGGGCGGGGGAAUCACCAAAAAGAACCUUGGUACUAUAUGUGCUAAUGUUUGAAAACACUGGGUUUGUUUUUCAGACCAGUUUGAGGGACAGGUGAACAUAUGUGGAUGAUGCCAUGUCUGAUAUUUUGUAUUCUGUUUUCUAGCAUGAUUCAUCAGUGCUAUCUGAUUGUUCCUUACACAUAGAUAUAUUCCAUGAUCACUGAAGCAUCAACCAAACAAGGGAGAUCUUGCACACUUAUAGCCAUUUGCUCUGUAUUCAACUUUGAAAUUCAUAUUUAUGAAGAAGAAGAAAAAGUUUGUGUAAUGUAAAUAGUUCCAUAUAACGAAGUCCUUGGAAAAACCUAACAAAGAUGGUGUUUACAAUUUACAUCUUUAGCAAUACUAAUAAUCUUUAAAAAAUGAUAGUGUAAUGUUAACAAUAAACCCUGAAACAUAAUAAUAAUGGAAAAUGUGUCCUUUUUUUCAUAUGAAAUGAUCAAAAUUGUAUGACGGGGCUAAAACAAAAUCAGUCCAUUUAGUGAUAACAGGGUGUAUAUUGCAUAUGAUUAUAUCUUGUUAUACAAUCAGUGUAUGUAUACAGUAGGCUUGCGGGUGCACCAUGUGAGAGAGAGAGAGAGGAUUACCGAGUCAGAGUUCUUUCCAG